AUGACCUUCAUCGCAGACAUAGUAGGAAAUUAUUAUAAAGUUGGAAGCGGGGUAAUUCUAGGUGUUGUCUUGAUUUGGCUCGUAGUUAAAGUGAACACAAAAUCACCUCUUAAGAAUAUCAAUGGUCCAUCUUCAGAUAGCUGGCUUACUGGGCACAUGCUUAAGCUCUUCGAUCCAAAUGGAUUCUUUUAUCACGAGCAACUGGUAGAUAAAUACGGUGAUAUAUUUAAAUAUAAAGGCCUAGCUGGAGAGUCCAGCUUAUAUGUAUCCGAUCCAAGAGCUUUGCAGCACAUUCUCUUUAACGAUGGGAAACUUUUCGAAGCACCGGACAGGUCGUUGGCUUUAUCUCAGCUCUUAUUCGGUCCCGGUGUUAGUGGUGUUAGAGGCCACCAACAUAGAAAGCAACGUCGUACGCUUAACCCAGUUUUCGCAGCAGGUCAUACUAAAGAACUGGCACCAAUUCUUAAUUCAAUCGCUGGAAACCUUGAGGCGGAAGUAGGUACUCAAGGUGACGUCAAAGUAGACAUCCUUGAGCACUUCUCUCACGUUACCCUCGAGGCCAUUGGUCAAUGUGGAUUGGGAUAUUCAUUUGAACAAGAGGGUGAUGCUUAUGGUGAGGCUGCUGGUAAUCUCAUUCCAACUCUUACCGAACUUCGCGUUUUUAUCCCUAUUCUUCCAACUCUCAUUAAACUCGGUCCUCGUGUUUUCAGAAAAUGGGUUGUAGAUAAGCUGCCCAUUGCAUCACUCAAGAAAAUGAAGAGUAUUGUCAACUUAAUAUACGGUACUUCAGUGAAGAUUUACGACAGGAAAUCAAAGGCAUUUAAGAAUGACUCAUUUGAAGCUGGCGUUCCCGACGGAAGUGAUAUAAUGACUAGUAUCUUCAAGGCGAAUAAUUCAGCUAAAGCCUCAAAUAGACUAGAAAGAGACGAAAUACUCGGUAUGAUAACGCAAACAUCCGGUGCACUCUCUCGUAUACUCGAAGUUUUAUCAAAUAACAAAGAAGCGCAAGACAAACUCCGAGCCGAAAUCAAGAACGCAUCGGCCGCCGACGGAAACUUCGAACACGACGUUGUCCAAAGUUUGCCAUAUUUGGAAAAGAUUAUAAAGGAAGUUUUAAGAUUAUUCCCACCCUUGAUCACAAUGGAAAGAAUCGCAACCAAGGACACGGUUCUUCCUCUGUCAAGACCUAUUCACACGACAGAUGGCCAUCAUAUCUCAGCUAUUCCGCUCAAAGCUGGCACAACAGUAAUGAUGGGGCUUGCGGCCGCCAACAGAAGUAAAUUUGUUUGGGGGGAAGAUGCCAGAGAGUUUAAACCAGAUAGAUGGGACGAUGUCGAAAAAAGCGAAAAAGACAAAUCCAAAUCACUCCCUGGCGUUUGGUCCUCAAUUUUAACAUUUUUAGGUGGAACUAGAGCGUGUAUAGGAUACAGAUUUGCUUUGCUUGAGAUGAAAGUUAUCUUAUCACAUUUAAUACAAACCUUUGAAUUCAAAGAAGCGGACGUAAAUAUUUCUUGGAGAAUCGGUGCAAUCCAGUCUCCACAUACCGAUGAAAAAGACGAACCUAGUUUACCUUUACUUUUGAAUGCAGUGUAA